AACCUUUUCUGUCUUAAGUUAACAUUCACACUCUAUAGCUAGAGCUUCUAAUGGCUUCAACAGAAGGACCGUACGAGGAAGAGAAGCUGCUUCUGUCGACCCUUCCCAAAGACACGGGUUGGCAAUCACAGCAUCUCUAUCUUUUUCAAGGUUUUUGGUGUCCAUCCUUUCAUCUUCAAGGUGUGAACAGUUUUCAGAAGCACUUUGAGGCAAAAGAUAACGAUGUUAUUGUUGCUGCCUUUCCAAAAUCAGGCACUACAUGGUUGAAAGCCCUAACUUUUUCUAUUCUCAACAGACAACGUUUCUCACCUUCUCAUAAUCAUCCAUUACUCACUUCCAUUUCUCAUGAGCUUGUUCCUUUCCUUGAAUUUAUCUUCCAUCCUCAUAAUCUCCAAUAUAAACGUCCUUACCCUCUCAAAGAUAUGACUGAGCCAAGACUUUUUGCUACUCACAUUCCAUUCCCUUCCCUCUCCAACUCAAUCAAGGACUCCAACUGCAAGAUAGUCUAUAUCUGCAGAAACCCAUUUGACACUUUUGUUUCUGCAUGGGUCUUCUUCAAUAAAAUUAAGCCACACUCUCUGCAUGACCUAACAAUAGAGGAAUCUUUAGAAAAGUACUGCAAGGGAAUAUGUGGGUAUGGUCCACAUUGGGAUCAUAUGUUAGGUUACUGGAAACAGAGCAUGGCUACACCAAACAAGGUUCUGUUCUUGAAGUAUGAGGAACUCAAAGAAGAUGUCAAUUUUUACGUUAAAAGAGUUGCAGAAUUCUUGGACUGUCCUUUCACAGAAGAAGAGGAAAGUAACGGAGUCAUCGAAAGCAUAAUCAAGUUAUGCAGUUUCGACAAAAUGAAGAAUCUAGAAGUCAAUAAAUCUGGAACAAUUGACAGAAACAUUGAGAAAAAGUACUUUUUUCGGAAAGGUGAAAUAGGAGAUUGGGUAAACUACUUUUCCCCAGCUAUGAUAGACAAGUUAUCCAAAACAAUCGAAGAAAAAUUACGUGGAUCUGGUCUUUCCUUUAAAACAUGUUCUUAAAUUUGUAAUCACGUCUCCUA